AAGCUUUAUAUUUUGUGACAUUCGAAAUGAUACAGUUUUAGAAUUCUAUUUUCUAAUCUUUCGAUAUAAGAAAAAUUUUAAAUAAAAUUGUAAUCGAAUUUCAGCCUAUAUUUUUUAUACUUUCUCAUAAUUUCUCUGCAUAUAUGCCUGUUGAACGUUAAAAAUGACAGUUGAAACUCUAUAACUAUUCUUUUUCUUCCAAUAAUAAAUUUACCUAAAGGAAAACAGAACGUUCCAGUGGUAUUCGGUAGCUAUUACUGUGGAAAAAAUAGUGUCUGAAUGAUAUCCUGUCUCUGUAAACUCACUUCAUUAAUUGUGUUGAAUUUGGAUGAAUUACAUUACUUUUAUAAAUAGUUUGGUUAUUAACCAGUCUGUACUAGAAAAAUCGAGUUUUAAAAAUUAUGAGAACAGUCAGCAUAGUUGUUGAUUUCAUUACAAUAUAAUAUGAUCACUUUUGAGCGAAUUAAUGUCGAUGAAACUGCCGGGUUUUGGGUGUUCUUUUUCUUCAGAACUAUCCUUGCCUCAUACUCAAAUUGAUAGCCAUUUGCAUAUCCAUAUCCGUACACACUUACCUCUGAAGAGCAUUAUAAUAGAUUUCUUGAAAACUUUUAAAGUUCACUAGUAAAACAAGGCGAGUGCGACCAAAUUGUUUUUACCUCGCAGUCCCAUAUAGAAAGCAAAGUGUGCUUGAAGAAUUGCAGUGCAAAGAUUGAGACAUUUUCAAGUAGGUUUCCUCUACGAUGACCAUUUUAUGUGUUUUCUGUAAUUCAAAUUUCGUUACACCUACCGAAAUAUGCAACGGUCCAGGAGAACCAAAACAACAUGGGACAGAGAGAAAGGAGAAAAACAGUCUCUACCCUAAUUUCUUUUCUUUCAGAUUGACAUCAACAUAAAUAAAUAUCGGCAUGGUAAAUAAUUUUGAUUUUUCUUGAAAAUGUAUUCUUAUGAAUAUUCAUUUAGAAGGAAAAAGGCAAUUUGAAUUUUGCUGAAAAUUUUGCACUCAGUGGUCUUGCUGCUAUUGCUUCAAAAACUGCAGCUGCAUCCAUUGAACGUGUACAAUUGUUCGUAAGAAAUCAAGGUUAUCAGUUUGGGCAAGGUACAAUUAGUCGUCCAUAUUCUGGUCUUAUUGAUUGUGCUAUUCGUACAUUUAAAAGUGAAGGCCUGUUUCCAUUUUGGCGAGACAAUACAGCUAAAUAUAUUCGAUAUCUUCCUAUACAAGUUGAUUUUGAAUCGAUUCUUCAAAAAUAUACAUUAUUGAUAUUUUUCUCUUGUAAGAACUUUGUUAUAAAUGUAUCAAGUGGUGCUGUUGCCGGUAUAUUAUCAAUCUGUUUUAUUUAUCCACAUGAUCUUCCACUCACACGUUUAGUUAAUGAUAGGAGAAGUGUAAAGAGAGAUGGUGGUGCACCCAAAAUAUAG